AUGUCGCUCGCCUUUAACCUGGACGAGGAGGUGCGGCUCGCGACCACCAACGCCGACCGCGAGCGCAUCGACGAACUCGCCAACCUCUACUCGCUCGUCCUCAGCUUGAACUACCUCGAGCGCGCCUACGUCCGAGACUCGAUCACAGCUGCACAGUACGCCCCAGCGUGCACCAGGCUCCUUGCCCAAUACAAGACCAUCAUCAAGCUCGUCGGCGACGCCGUACCCAGCCUCGACGCCUUCAUGCAAGAGUACCGCAUGGACUGCACCGCCGCCGCACAUCGCCUCAAGGUCGGAGUACCCGCCACGGUCGAGCACGCCGCCGAAGAGAGCGGCUCGGGCGGCGCAGAGACGGCCAAGUGGGUCGCAGAGACGACUCAGAACUUUAUCACCUUCAUGGACGCCCUCAAGCUCAAGCUGCGCGCCAAGGACCAGCUCCACCCGCUCCUGACCGACCUCAUGUCGGGCUACACGCGCUUCAAGAACUCGAACGAGUGGGAGGGCCGCCCAAAGAUCCUGCACUGGCUCAUCACGCUCAACCAGAUGCGCGCGAGCGAGGAGAUCACCGAGGAGCAGUCUCGUCAGAUGCUUUUCGACGUCGAGCACGCCUACUCCGAGUUCUUCCGCUCCCUCUCGUCGUCGCACUAGCGGCACCCACCUGUACCUCUCCCUCGCCGUACCUCGAGCCUCUCUCUCUCUCGCUCUCUCUCGAGCGCUCCCUGUUGUAGUAGAACCCUGCAGUGCACCUCGUCCAUCUCU